AUGGGAUCAGUUCUAAUUGACCACAAAUUGAGCAUUUGGUGGAGUGCUGACAUUAUCAUUGAGAAAUCAUUGAAGCAGGGAGCCAAGCCAAGAACUCCUGAACAAUGUCCAAGCGUGGUUUCCUUGCUGUCAGAGAGUUACAACCCGCAUGUGCGAUACGGUGCAGCCAUGGCACUGGGGAUAGCGUGUGCAGGGACAGGACUGAAGGAUGCCAUUGCCCUGUUGGAACCAAUGACAAACGACCCAGUCAACUAUGUCCGCCAGGGGGCGCUCAUCGCCAGUGCCAUGGUGCUGAUUCAGCAGAACGAAGUCACCAGUUCUAAGGUGAAAUCGUUCAGAGAACUGUACGCCAAGGUGAUUGCUGAUAAACAUGAAGACAUUAUGGCCAAGUUUGGAGCCAUCACUGCCCAGGGGAUUAUUGACGCAGGAGGCCGUAAUGUGACCAUGUCGCUGCAGAGUCGUACUGGUCACACCAACAUGUCUGCAGUAGUAGGGUUCCUGGUGUUCCAACAGUUCUGGUACUGGUUCCCGUUGACCCACUUCUUGGCCCUGGCCUUCACCCCUACUGCCAUCAUUGGACUGAACAAAGACCUCAAGAUGCCCAAGUGCCAGUUCCGCAGUAAUGCCAAGCCAUCAACCUACGCCUACCCUCCGCCACUAGAGGAGAAGAAAGACAAGAAGGGGGAGAAAGUCGAGACAGCCGUACUCAGUAUCACAGCCAAACAGAAGAAGAAAGAAGCUGAUAAGAAGAAAGAAGAAGGAGGGGAGAAAAUGGAGGUGGAUGAAGAAAAGACAGAUGAAGCUGAGAAGAAAGAAGACAAGAAGGAAGUGAAGAAAGAAAAAGAAGAAAAGAAAGAGGAAGCUGAAGAGAAAGAAAAGGAAGAAAAAAAGAAAGAAGAGCCAGCCUUUGAAAUGUUGGACAACCCAGCCAGAGUGAUGAGAGCUCAGUUGCGAGUUGUCUCCCUACCAGAAGGUUCCAAAUACAAGGGUUUGAAAGAUGUGUCUAAUGGCGGCAUCAUCAUGUUAAGUAACAGCAAGCCUGGAGAAGAUGAAGAACUUAUAGAACAUGUGGCUGCUGGAGGGCCCAAGGUGGAGGAAGAGAGUGAACCAGAACCACCCGAGCCAUUUGAGUGGCCAGAAGAUAUCUGAAUUAUCCAUCAGAAUUAUCCAGAUCCAUUUGAACGGCCUGAAGACAUCUGAAGUACCCAUCUGGAUUAUCUAGAUCACCAAUAUGGAUUAAUGAGAAACUAAAUGUAGAUUAAUGUGAAUUUUGAUGUGACUGUCUCUCUGGUGGAGGGCUAUACUGAUGAAGAUUUGAACUCGAGUUUUAAAAGCCACAUGAAAUAAAGAUUGGCAAUGUGGAUAGGAAUAAAACUGAAUUUUUUUUCUUGGUGUAAUUGAUGUAUAUGAAUAUUGACACUUAAGAAUUUUCUCAGUUAAGAUGUUCAAAUGAUCAGAUAUAGAUGUCACGAAGCAGAAAAGAAAGAGGACAAGAAAGCUAUGACUUUGAUAUGGAUAGGGUUAUGAUGUGGUAGAAAGAAAACAUGUUAGGUAUAGUUACCAUUAUCAUUUAUAGAAAACAUGAUUUUUUUUCCAUUUGAAAAGUUAUCACUGUUUGAAAACCUAAUACUCUAUAAUGUACUAUGUCUAUAAAUAAAAAAUGUGUGAGUUCA